GGUGCUACACAUCUUUGAUUAUUACCAGAGCCCAGAACAAGGCCCACUCAACUAGUAAGCUGAAUUACCGCGCAAAAGCACAAGCCCAAUUUCACCACUGGCAUGAUAUCGUUGUCCGUUUUCCGUGCGAGAGGGCCAACAGAAAAAUGCCCCUCACAGCCCCCAUGUUUUUUAUCUCGGCUCAACUGCCGCCCGGGCCUUGCGCGGCGUACAGAUCCUCCGUCUUCGGCGGUAAAAGAAAGAGAAACCAGGAGGGAAAAGAGAAGAAAGGAACAUUAAGCAGAUUGAGAAAGAUAACAUGUGCUUCCAUGUCGAUGAACGCAAAUUCGCUUCUCUUUCCUUUUGGUUCGCGGAACCAAACUAGAGAAUGCACGCAUCCGUGACUUUUUUGUUUGUCGUAUGUGUUGCUGUGUG